UGCAAAUUAAUUGCGGCUACUAAUUUUAGCAUUUUUGCACAGAUCAUUUUUGGCGUAUACUAAUUUUAGCGAUUUUUGUCCCCACAUCAUUUGUGCAUGAAAGUGUGAUGACGACAACCAGUCAAAUAUUUUGUGCCUGUAUUCAAUUUCAUCCUUCUUCUCUUGUGCUCCAGCUGACCCAAAGUAGAACCACAAAGCUUUGCAAUUUGUUUCCAGACUCCAGAGUAAAGCUCCAGUAGAGUAUAAACACUAUAGCGCAUGUGACUAACCGCACGGAUAUACUAGGAAUGGCACUAUUGGCGUGCACAGUUAAUAGUAAUCUACAGCUACUGAUGAGUGCAUGCUAAGCUCUUUUGGUGUGGUCCAACUGUUUGUAUGAAGGUAUAUAGGCAUAGGCCCAUAGUAACCUAAUGCAUUUUGGUGAGUGGGAGUGAGCCAACUGUUGAAUUGGCAAUGUGUUGAGCAUACAGGCACAUGACGGUUGAUUCAAGUUUUCAGUCACGAAAUCUGCUGGUCAGCAUUUUGUAUUGCUCGCGUAGCCCUACCCUAGCCCUGUAACCCCAUGUUCAUAAUGGGAUUGGGUAUAUUAUAUAUAUAAUAUUCUGUGACUCAAAACUUAGUCUUGAAGUGGCAAAUGUUUUCAUGCAUGCCUUAAGCUGUCUGGUGGAACGUGGUUUCUCUUCCAUAUUAUGUAGACACCUGGUAAUGCUACAAUAUUCAUCGUUCGUAAUCCCAUCGAUGCAAUCGUGUCAUUCUGGAAGUGGCAGCUCAUCUAUAGAAAGAUGUACAAAACGGAGGAAAAUUUACACGUCGCCAAUCCACCAGUCAAAUACUUCCGUAACAACAAUGUAUGGAACAAUUGGAUUAGAGGACAGGUUAAUUAUUGGACAAACCUCAUUAAGGGCACGCUCUCUAACACCAACAAACCACUUCUGAUUGUGACCUACGAAGACAUUAAGAGCAACAGAACCAGAGAGGUGUUUCGAAUGCUAGAUUUUCUACAUGUGAAGUACUCUGCAGAGGAAAUUAUCGAAAAAUUCAAAGAUGACCAACUGACAAUGUUUAAGAGACCGAAAGCAAGGGAUUUUGACCCCUACACACCUCCACAGAGGAACAGAGUGAGAACCCGCCUCAAACAGCUCUCGAAAUCACUUCACCACAAGACAAUGGUCGAGAUAAUGGAACGCUAUUUAUUAGAACUUUGAUAGACUCUGUUAUGACUUUCAUUAGUCACGUAAAAGGAUUGUCCUGUUUUGCCGCGGUAGCUCACACGUCUCUACUAACAACGUUGUAUCUGCACAGUCUCAUUUAGAAG